AUGGAGCUGCUGAACGCCAAAGUCACCGUGGCCGCCGCCCACGCCGCGCCCGUCUUCAUGGACAAGGCCGCCACCACCGACAAGGUCGUGCGCCUCAUCCACCAGGCCGCCCGCCAGGGCAUCGAGCUGCUCGUCUUCCCCGAGACCUUCGUCCCCGGCUACCCGUACUGGACCGAGUGCUACCCGCCCAUCCAGCAGGUUGACGCCCAGGCCCAGUACAUCGAGCAGAGCGUCGCCGUCGACGGUGAUGAGAUCAAGCGCGUCCAGGCCGCCUGCCGCGCCGCCAACGUCGCCGUCAGCCUGGGCAUCUCCGAGCGCGUGUCGGGCGGCUACACGCUGUUCAACUCGCAGGUCACCGUCGACCGCGACGGCGCCCUGCUGGGCGUGCACCGCAAGCUGCAGCCCACCUUCGUCGAGCGCAUGGUCUGGGCCCAGGGCGACGGCUUCACCCUGCGCAACUACAAGCUCGCCGCCGGCUACAACCUCGGCGGCCUGUGCUGCUGGGAGCACACCAUGAACGGCGCCCGCCAGGCCCUCAUCGUGCAGAACCAGCACAUCCACGCCGGCGCCUGGCCCGCCCUGUCCACGCUCAUGGGCUACGAGGCCGUCGGCGACGCCCAGAUCGAGGGCCUGAUGAAGUGCCAUGCCCUCUCCGCCCAGGCCUUCGUCGUCACCGCCUCCAACUACGUCGACAACGCCUGUCUCGAGUGGAUGGAGAAGAACCUGGGCCCCCAGGACUUUCUCAAGGCCGGUGGUGGGUGGUCUUCCGUCCUCCACCCCUUCUGUUCGUUCCUGGCCGGCCCGCACACCGGGCCCGAGGAGAAGCUGGUCGCCGCCGAGGUCGACCUGGCCCAGCUGAAGAAAGUGAAGGUCUGGGUCGAUUCCGCCGGCCACUACAAGCGGCCCGAAAUCCUGAAGUUCAGCUUUGAUCAGCGCCCAAUGUGGGACGACGAAAAGCACUUUGUUCUAGGCGCAGCCCCGGAGAAGGAUGCUGUGCUAGCCGCCCCUGAACCCGAGGACAAUACGGCAUGA